AAUAUGUUUGUGUUGUACAUUAUACGUUUUUGAGAAAUAAAAAUGUGAGAUGCUUGCUGAAAAAUUUGGUGAUCAAUAGUAUCUUUUUUGGUGAUCAUUUGUAUCUAAAUAUGUUUGGUGAUCAAAAGCACAUUUACUCUAAGAAAAAUCUAACGAUAACUAUCGGUUAGAAGAAUAAUUCUUCAAAGUUUUCUCGUUGCCUAACUAAUCGUUUGUUUUAUUGUAUCUAGGAAUACUUUAUUGAAAGUUCUCAAAUAAGUUUCAAACGAAUCGGCGGUAUUGCAUCUUUCUUUAGUAGUAAAAAGACGAAAAGUACUCGUUCUAAUCUACAGUACGUUCAAAUUGAACAUCAAAUUCGUCAAACACCGAAUUGGCCUCUAAUCAAUGAUAAAGUUGAAGAACCGAUCGCUGUUAGAGGAGGGGAUAAUGAAAGAAAUAGUAAUUACCAUGAUAAUAACUCGACAAUUGUGGAUAAUUUUGAUGGAAAUACAAAUCAUCAAAACACAACUAUAUCCAUAAUAGGAAAUAUUCAACAAUCAUCAUCCACUGGUGAUAAUGACGUUUGUUCAACAAACUUUUAA